CUGUACUGCGUCUUUAAGCGGUAGAUGGGUUACUGACUGGAUAUCAUAACUGGAUAUAGCUUCCCUGAAAAGACGGCCGUGUUCAGAACCCGUUAUAAAUUUUCACCUCCGGCUAUUUUCAGAGACGUAGACAGUAUCAUCUUCAUGUCCCUGUGCAAGAUGCAUUUGAGCUGACUGUUUGUGUCCGUCAAUCUCGGUGAAAAUGGUGAAGAGGAAGAGCCUGGAUGACAGCGACCAGGAGAAUUGCGGAGGAAUACCGUUUCCCAUCCAGACCUUCCUGUGGAGACAGACCAGCGCGUUUUUGAGACCGAAGUUAGGGAAGCAGUAUGAAGCAUCCUGCGUGUCUUUUGAGCGGGUGCUGGUGGAGAAUAAGCUUCAUGGGCUUUCUCCGGCUCUCACUGAGGCCAUCCAGAGCAUCAUGCGCUGGGAGCUGGUCCAGGCUGCACUGCCUCAUGUACUCCACUGCACUGCCAUCCUCCUCUCCAACCGCAACAAGCUAGGGCACCAGGAUAAACUUGGUGUAGCUGAGACCAAGCUGCUCCACACUCUUCACUGGAUGCUGCUGGAGGCAGCUCAGGAGUGCCACCAGGACCAGGGACAUGGACUGUCUGGGAGAGGCAGCAGUGGCAGUAGCAGUGCCUUCUUCCAGCCUCUGAAUAACCAAAGCCAUCGGGAACACAAUGGCAGUACUCCAGAAGAAAGCGAGUAUGCUCGAGCCAGACUUUACCACAAGAACAUGGCCACUGUAGAGCUGUUCGUUUUUCUCUUUGCUCCUCUUGUCAACCGCAUUAAGGAGUCUGAUCUUACAUUCCGAUUGGCUAGUGGCCUUGUCAUUUGGCAGCCAAUGUGGGAGCAUCGUCAGCCUGAUGUGCCUGCCUUCUCUGCCUUCAUCAAGUCCAUGCGCAACAUUGUUACUGCAAAGAGGAACUCUUUGGUAAAUAACUCAUGCAGUCUUUGUGCUCCCAGCAACCCUUGCCCCACAGUGGUGUGUGAAUCUGCUCAGUCUGAUUCCUCCUCCCAUUCAGUGAAGAGCCAGAGCUGUCGCCAUGGCAACUUAGUGGAGAGAGGAGGCACCUCACAGCAGCAACGUGAUCGAGACCUCACACAGAAGAAGGUGCGCGCUUGCAUUAAUGAGGAACAGAAACCAAACAUGAAGAAUCAGAAGCACUUUAUUGCCAGGUUGUCAGCACCUGGAGCUAUUUCUGUGUGCCAGCGAGCACGCUAUGCCACCUACUUUGAUGUGGCUGUGCUACGUUGCUUGCUUCAGCCACACUGGACAGAGGAGGGUGUGCACUGGGCACUUAUCUUCUACCUGCAGCGGCUCAGACAGAUUCUGCAAGAGAAGCCUGAACGCCCACCGGAACCCCCCACAGCACCCCUACCUCGACCACGGAGCAGCUCCAUGGUGGCUGCAACUCCAUCUCUGGUCAACACACAUAAAACACAGGACAUGACCCUGAAGUGUAAUGAGGAGGGGAGGUCUCUGAGCUCAGAGACCUUCACCAAAAUCUCUAUUACCAACCUCAGAAGACAAGCCAUCCCAGACCUCUCUACAGACAUGAGCAUGAACAUUUUCAAAAAGUUUAAGAACCGCAGGGAAGACCGGGAGAGAAAGGGCUCCAUUCCUUUCCAUCAUACAGGGAAGAAGAGACAACGACGUAUGGGGGUGCCUUUCCUCAUGCAUGAGGACCACUUGGAUGUGUCACCUACACGUAGCACCUUCUCAUUUGGGAGCUUCUCUGGAUUGGGCGAUGACCGACGGCCCCUGGAGCGAGGUGGCUGGCCCUCCAGUAUCAUGGGUAACAUCACUUGGAAGUUGACUCGUCGUGGCAGCACAGAAACAGCAGGGGAUAUGGACAGUCUUGGGGUAAAGCACUCUCAUUCCCACCACAACCUGCCUGACCACUCCAACAGCCACAGUGAUAAUACCAUCAAAGAGGGUGUCCGUUCCCAGAUUUCUACUAUCACUAUGGCCACCUUUAACACAACAGUGGCCUCUUUUAACGUGGGCUACACUGAUUUCUUCACGGAGCACAUAAAGAAGCUCUGCAAUCCCAACCCUAUCCCAGAGAUGCCCUGUGAACCACUGGCUUGCUCCAACCUGCCACGCAGCCUCACUGACUCCUGUAUCAACUACUCCUGUCUCGAAGAAAGAGACAACAUUGAGGGAACCAACAACUUUAUCCUGAAGAAUGGCAUGCUGGAUCUCUCAGCUGUCCUCAGGGCUGUGUAUGCCGUCCUCACUCAUGACAUUAGCUCACGGAUCUGUGACGUGGCCCUCAACAUUAUUGAGUGUCUCUUGCAACUGGGCGUUGUACCCAGCAUGUCCAAGAAGGUUGUCAAACCAGAGGACAAGGUGAAAGAGGCAGACCAUUCUAAAGAUGGAACCAAUCAAAGUGUAGGUGGGGCUCAUGGGGGUGUGGCUGGUGGCACAGGGGCUGUUCCAAAUGGAGGGAAUGGAGAUGGCGACGGAGGAGGUGGAGGUGGAGAAAGUGGAAGUGGAAGUAAAAAUGAUAUUAAAAACAACAAGGGCAAUAAGGAGGAGGACUCUGCCCUUAGCACCCACAGAUUAGCUCUAACUAUGCUUAUUAAAAUUGUGAAAUCUCUUGGCUGUGCCUAUGGCUGUGGGGAAGGCCAUCGCGGGCUCUCUGGAGACCGUCUGCGCAUUCAGGCUCAGAACUGCCUGACCAAUCUGUACAAGCUAGAUAAAGUGCAGUUCCGGCAGACCAUGAAAGAGUACGUCAACAAGGAUUCUCUCAACAACAUAGUGGACUUUCUGCAUGCUCUUCUUGGCUUCUGUAUGGAGCCCAUCACUGACAAAUACGGCAGUGCAGGUGAGAGGUCCAGGAGGGCGAAUAAGCGAAACUUCGACAAGGCUGGCUUUGGAAACAAUUUUGCUACAGGAGGGGAUAAAUCUCUUGCUCAGAGCAUGGAGGCCGUGGUUGUGGGCUGCAUGUUCAAAUCCCUUAUAACCAGAUGUGCAUCCACUACACAUGAGCUGCACAGUCCUGAAAAUUUGGGCCUGUACUGUGACAUUCGACAACUGGUUCAAUUUAUCAAAGAAUCACACGGUAAUGUAUUUCGCCGUGUGGCACUAAGUGCCCUAUUGGACAGUGCAGAAAAACUGAAUGCCACAAAGAAAACCGAGGACAAAGAGGAGACCAAGCCAACUGCACAAAAAAGUGAGGAGCAGAUACCUGGAGCUCUAUUAGGAAGGAAGGACUUCUGGAGGAAGAUGUUCAAGUCUCAGAGUGCUGCUAGUGACACCAGCAGCCAAUCAGAACAGGACACAUCAGAGUGUACUACUGCCCACUCGGGCACCACCAUGGACCGCCGCUCCCGCUCCCGCUCCCGACGCAUCUCACUGCGCAAGAAACUAAAACUUCCUAUAGCAUGCCGUAGGACUGUACGCCUUCCAUUCACUCUCUCCAUCCUACGCAACUGGCUGAAACGUUCAUCGCUGUCAGGCCUGGCUGAUGGUGUGGAGGACCUCUUGGACAUCAGCUCAGUGGAUAGACUUUCCUUCAUUAGGCAGAGCUCCAAGGUGAAAUUCACCAGCGCCGUCAAGCUGUCAGAAGGAAGUGCCACAGAAUACGGCCGGGAGGAGGAGGAGAACUUCUUCAAGAGGCUCGGUAAAUGGCGGUCUGGUCGGCGGAACCCAUCCAAGCUUCACCACACAGAGGAGAAAGAUGGAUGCCAUGGAUUCCCAGAGCGCAUGGCUUCAAACCAGGAGGCAAUGAAGAAUAAGAACAUAGUAAAUCUAGGUGCCAUCAGACAGGGCAUGAAAAGGUUUCAGUUCCUCCUGAACUGCUGUGAGCCAGGAACCAUCCCAGAUGCCUCUAUCCUGGCUGCUGCACUGGACCUGGAAGCUCCAGUGGUGGCGAGGGCCUCUUUGUUCCUGGAGUGUGCUCGUUUUGUGCAUCGCUGUAACCGUGGUAAUUGGCCAGAAUGGAUGAAAGGUCACCAUGUCAACAUCACCAAGCGAGGUCUUUCACGAGGACGCUCACCUGUGGCUGGGAACAAGAGAAACAAUAAGCUGCAGUGGAAUGCAGCUAAGUAUUUCUACCAGUGGGGUGAUGCGAUUGGCACUCGUCUGAGUGAGCUAUGUCACUCAGAUAGCGAGAGUCCAGCAAACAUCCUGGGCUUUAUUUAUGACGAGGAGAGCAAACGGAGAGCGAGGAAAGAGGAUGAAGAGGAAGACUUCCUGGAUGACAGUACUGUAAACCCCACCAAAUGCAGCUGUCCCUUUGCUCUUAAGAUGUCUGCUUGUCAGCUGCUUUUAGAGAUCACUACCUUCCUGAGAGAGACUUUUCCCUGCCUUCCACGCCCACGCACAGAGCCCCUAGUGGAUUUAGAAAGUUACCGGCUGCGUCUGGACCCAGAGCUGGGUCGCCAUCGCUAUGAGAGGAAGAUCAGCUUUGCUGGAAUAUUAGAUGAUGAGGAUGGCCAUGAUUCCCUGAACAGCAGCAGUCACACUUUGAAGUCUGACACAGCAUGUGAUGAAAAGAAAUCAUCUCAAGAACCCCUGGCUCCCACCAGGAAGAUCCGCAUUGGAGGUUCUAGACUGCUGCAGAUUAAAGGGGCAAGGAGUUUCAAGGUGAAGAAAGGUGGUUCUCUGUCCUCUAUCCGCAGAGCUGGCAGUCUAAAAAGCACCAAGAUGUCUCGGCAGGACUCUGAGUCUGAGAAUGAUGCAGAGUCUGAUCGUCUGCUGUCUCAGAGCAGAGACACGGUCACUGAUAUUGGGAGCCCCUGGAGUGCUAGUGAGCCCAGCAUUGAGCCAGAAGGUCCCGGAUGUACCAGCGGAGUGGACGACUACCACCGCAACAUGUCAUGGCUACAUAUCAUGAUCCUGUUGUGCAACCAGCAAAGUUUUAUCUGCACCCAUGUGGACUAUUGCCACCCUCGCUGCUACCAACGCCACAGCCGCUCCUGUGCUCGCCUUGUCCGUGCCAUCAAGCUGCUUUAUGGAGAGACUGUUGAUAGCUUGAGAGAGAACAAUUCCAGCAGUAAUGUUAGCACCCGUGCCAAGAAGAGCAAAGAGUGCUUGGACAAGUCAUGUCUGCGGACUCCAUCUAUGAAGAGACGUCCAACUGACAGCAAUGCAGAGGGGAAGAAAGACACAGGGAUGCUGAAGUACAUUCGCACACAGGUAAUGAGUCUGUCACCAGCACCUCUGUCCCUGCUUAUAAAAGCAGCUCCCAUCCUGACAGAGGAUAUGUAUGGAGACAUCCAGCCAGCUGCGUGGGAGCUGCUGCUCAGCGUUGAUGAGCACAUGGCUGCUGCUGCAGCGGCAAUGUUUCUGCUGUGUGCAGUAAAGGUUCCUGAUGCUGUAACUGAAAUGAUGAUGGCUGAGUUUCAGCACCAGGAAGCAAGUCAAAGGAUUAACUCAGUACUUAAGUUCUGCACUGUCUGGAGGUUCCGCUACCAGGUGUGGCCUCGCAUGGAAGAGGGAGCACAACAGAUCUUUAAGAUUCCACCACCCAGCAUUAAUUUCACUCUGCCGUCUCCUAUUUUGGGCAUGCCCUGUGUACCCAUGUUUGAUCCGCCGUGGGUGCCAAUGAACACUGGAACUGUUCCAGAUGCAAUCAGUGAAGAUCAGUCUAAAUCAUUCUCAGCUCGGGCUGUGUCACGCUCUCACCAGCGUGCUGAGCACAUACUAAAGAACAUGCAGCAGGAAGACGAAAAGAGGAGACUGGGGCGUGAGGCCAGCAUCAUCACAGCCAUCCCCAUUGCUCAGGAGGCCUGCUAUGAGCCUACUUGCAGCCCACCACCUGAACAGGAGGAAGAGGAAGAUGUGGUAAAUCUGGCAUCUCGUCGUCUCUCUGUGAGUCCCUCCUGUGCCUCCAGCAACUCACACAGGAACUACUCGUUUCGCCGCGGCUCGGUGUGGUCAGUGCGCUCAGCAGUCAGUGCUGAAGAUGAUGAAAACACUACAGAACACACACCAACACAUCACAUGUUGCAGCCACCUCAGGCUGUGUUCCCAGCAUGCAUCUGUGCUGCAGUAUUACCCAUAGUGCACCUAAUGGAAGAUGGAGACAUUCGAGAGGAUGGUGUUGCAGUUAGUGCCGUGGCUCAGCAGGUGCUGUGGAACUGUCUGAUUGAAGACCCAGCUCUCGUUCUCCGCCAUUUUCUAGAGAAACUAACAGUUAGUAACAGACAGGAUGAGUUGAUGUAUAUGCUAAGGAAGCUUCUCCUCAACAUCGGGGAUCUUCCUGCACAAACUUCACACAUCCUCUUCAACUACCUGGUGGGUUUAAUCAUGUAUUUUGUUCGGACACCAUGCGAGUGGGGAAUGGAUGCUAUCUCAGCUACACUGACCUUUCUGUGGGAAGUGGUGGGCUAUGUGGAGGGCCUCUUCUUUAAAGACCUUAAACAGACCAUGAAGAAAGAGCAGUGUGAGGUGAAACUGCUGGUCACUGCCUCUAUGCCAGGAACAAAGACUCUGGUGGUUCAUGGGCAGAAUGAGUGUGAUAUUCCUACACAGUUACCAGUACAUGAGGAUACGCAGUUUGAAGCCUUGCUCAAGGAGUGUCUUGAGUUUUUCAAUAUACCAGAGGCUCGUUCAGCCAACUACUUCCUUAUGGACAAGCGUUGGAAUCUCAUCCACUAUGCCAAGACAUAUGUGCGAGACAUCUACCCUUUCAGGAGAUCAGUGUCCCCUCAGCUCAACCUGGUCUACAUGGAACCAGAAAAAGGGCAGGAGCUCAUUCAGAAACAGGUGUUCUCCAGGAAGCUGGAGGAAGUGGGCCGAGUUCUUUUCCUCAUUUCGCUCACCCAGCGCAUGCCUGCAAUGCACAAACAGUCCCACGUCUCCUUACUUCAGGAAGACUUACUGCGUCUGCCCUCAUUUCCUCGCACAGCUAUAGAUGCCGAGUUCACUCUCUUCAAUGAACCUCUGGGGAAAGAACUCUUUGGCAUGGACACUUUGCACAAGGUUUUGUGGAUCAAGCUGUUGGAGGAGAUGUUUCUGGGCAUGCCUAGUGAGUACCCCUGGGGCGAUGAGAUCAUGCUCUUUCUGAACGUGUUUAACGGAGCCCUACUGCUCCACCCUGAAGACAGUGCCCUCCUCAGGCAGUACACUGCCACAGCCAUCAACACUGCUGUACACUUCAACCAUCUCUUCUCCCUGAGUGGCUACCAGUGGAUUCUUCCCACAAUGCUUCAGACAUAUGCUGAUUAUGAAAGUAACCCAUUGCUGCGUCGAGGCAUUGAGUUCUGCUGCCGACAGUUUUACAUACUCCACCGCAAACCGUUUGUCCUGCAGCUGUUUGCCAGUGUGGCCCCACUGCUGGAGUUCACUACCUGCACCAGUACUGGACUAUCUAAAGGUGUGUCUGCACAGUGCCUGUUUGACCUGCUGGUGUCCCUGGAAGGAGAAACAGCAGACAGCCUGGAUGCUUUGGAGCUGGUAAAAGCUGAGAAACCACUACGUUCUCUGGAUUUUUGUUAUGGAAAUGAGGACCUAGUCUUCUCCAUCAGUGAAUCCAUCAAGCUGUGUGUAACUGUGGUGGCCUAUGCUCCUGAAUCCUUCCGAAGUCUACAGAUGCUGAUGGUUCUAGAGGCACUAGUUCCUUGUUAUUUGCAGAAGCUGAAGAGUAACAGUCAGGCCUUGGAGUCAGCAUCUGUAGCCAGAGAUGAGAUUGCAGCCAUAGCCGCACUGGCCACCUCUCUGCAGGCUUUGCUCUAUAGUGUGGAGGCCCUAACAAGACCUAUGACUGCACCUCAGAUGAGUCGCUGCGAUCAGGGCCAUAAAGGAGGAACUGCUGCCAACCACACACUGUCUGGAGGACCAAAUACCAGAGAUAACCUCCACCUGCUGGAGGAGGGUCAGGGCAUGCCCCGAGAGGAGCUGGAUGAGCGUAUUGCCCGCGAGGAGUUCCGGAGGCCUCGAGAGUCCCUCCUCAACAUCUGCACUGAGUUCUACAAACACUGUGGCCCACGACUAAAGAUCCUGCAGAAUGUGGCUGGAGAACCCAGAGUCACUGCUUUAGAACUUCUGGAUAUAAAGUCUCAUAUGAGGCUGGCAGAGAUUGCACAUUCGCUCCUGAAGCUGGCACCAUAUGACACUCUGACCAUGGAGAGCCGUGGCCUACGCCGCUACAUCACUGAAAUGCUGCCCAUCACCGACUGGUCAUCAGAAGCAGUGCGGCCGGCUCUCAUCCUCAUUCUUAAGCGCCUGGACCGCAUGUUCAACAAGAUCCACAAGAUGCCCACGCUCAGGUGCGCCCGCCCACAGGCUCUGUACUCCAGACGACAAGUGGAAUGGGAAGCAGCCAGCAGUCUGAUUGAAGGGAUUUGUCUGACUCUUCAUCGCCAGCCGAUAAUUUCCUUUCUCCCCCACCUGCGCUCUCUCAUCAAUGUCUGUGUCAACCUGGUGAUGGGUGUGGUUGGACCUUCCAGUGUAGCAGAUGGUCUGCCGUUGCUGCACUUAAGUCCUUACCUCUCCCCUCCUCUCCCAUUCAGCACAGCUGUGGUUCGCUUAGUGGCCAUGCAGAUACAAGCUUUGAAGGAUGACUUCCCACUCAGUCAGGUGAUCUCACCCUUUACCAAUCAGGAGAGACGAGAGGGCAUGCUCCUUAAUCUUCUGAUUCCAUUUGUGCUGACUGUUGGCUCAGGAAGCAAAGACAGUCCUCAGAUUGAGCAGGCGGAGGUCUUCCUGCUCCUGCAGACGGUCAUCAAUAUCCUGCUGCCUCCACGCAUCAUCAGCACAUCUCGAAGUAAAAAUUUUGUUUUGGACGCAUCGCCAGCACACUGCUCCACCCCCGGAGACACGGUCAAGGACCUGCGCCGAGAGGGACUGGCCGAGUCUACCAGCCAAGCCGCUUAUUUAGCUCUGAAGGUGGUGCUGGUGUGCUUUGAGAGGCAGCUGGGUAAUCAGUGGUACAGACUGAGUCUUCAGGUGAAGGAGAUGGCACUGCGCAAAGUGGGUGGUCUUGCUUUCUGGGAUUUCAUCGACUUCAUAGUGCGCACUCGCAUCCCCAUCUUCGUGCUCCUGCGCCCCUUCGUACAGUGCAAGCUGCUAACCCAGCCGGCAGAGUCUCAGGAGGAGAUUACAGCCCGGCAUCACAUUGCUGACCAGCUGGAGAGGCGCUUCAUCCCACGCUCACUUUGCAAGAGCUCACUGUUCGCUGAGUUCAACAAUGAGCUCAAGAUCCUGAAGGAGGCCGUGCACAGUGGCUCAGCAUACCAAGGAAAGACAUCCAUCAGUACAGUGGGCACUUCCACAUCAGCCUACCGGCUGAGCCUGGCCACUAUGUCUCGCUCAAACACAGGCACAGGGACAGUGUGGGAACAGGACAGCCAGCCUUCCCGCCAGCCCUCACAGGACACACUUAGCCGCACUGAUGAGGAGGAAGAGGAGGAAAAUUAUUCCAUAAGCAUUCCCAGUGUGGUAAGUGAGCAUGACGCUUUCUUACCCAGCUUAAUUACACAGCGCCGUUUUUCCAGCCAUGCCACAGGCUCUGCCUCCACACAGCCUGAGUCGGGUCGAAGCACCAUGCUGCCCAGUCACAGUGAACCCAAUGUGCUAGAUGAGUCCCAGGGGCUGCUGGAGGAGGGUACCCUGUCACGAGUUGCAAGUGUCCAAAGUGAGCCAGGUCAUCACAACCUCUUACUUCAGCCACCACUUGGUCGAAAAAGAGGUCUGAGGCAGCUUCGUCGACCACUGCUGUCCAUUCCACGGAUGCAGGAUGAAUGUCGUGGACGGCAGGGAGCCAGACUCUCAACCACUCGUAGGAGCAUUCAGCCCAAGAACAAAGCAGUUGAUAGAGCAUAUAGUGACCAGAAGAGGUCAGUCACCUUCACUGAAUCCCAAGAGGCUUCUGGAAAGUCUCUUUGUUCUACACCCACAGCCAGCACUGCUUUGCUGGGAGUGACUGGAACCAGAAGACCUAGCCACUCACCCACAACUACUGCUCCAUCUGAGACUCCAUCACCGUCCAUCAGAGCAGAGCAGCACAUCCCAGCACACCCACAGGCCUCACCUGUUUCUGACAGUAAAGAAAAGCAAGACAAGGGUAGUACAAGAAGUAGCCUUUCCCCUACACCAUCCUCCACUCCAGCCUCCAGGUCAUGCUCUCCUCUCCCUUCCUCUUUCCCGAUGUUGAGCGUUCCUGUUUGUCUGAGCCCGGCUCAGAUCCGCGAGAGUCCGGAAAACGAGGAAACAUCAGGGCUUUUGGAAAACACAGACACUUCACUCCACAUGGCUGAGGAGCAUGGCACAGAGAACCCUCUCCUCACACCUCAUUCUCUGUCCCCUCUGCCUCUGUCUCCUGUAGAUCUGGACUUGGAUGAGUCUCAUGUCUAAAUGCCUAAAAUCCUUUAAAAAGCUUAUCCAAAUACAUUUGGAUUAUUCAGCAUUUGGUUUUUCAAAUACCACCAUACAUUUGACACUGUCGAUUCAUUGUGCAUUAGUAACCAAUAAUAACCUAUAACUGCUUUACAACUGCAAUUUUACGAAAAAAAAAGAGUAAAAUCUGUUUGCUAUGUAGAUUACGAAAGUGUACCAAAUAUAAAGUUAGAUUAGUUGUUGUAUUCAAAAUUUAAAUUAUAUACCAGGGCGAUUCAAUUAAAAUUGUGGUCUGGAUAAGUAGCUAACACAGCUAAAUAAUGACAGCAGUUACUUUUAAUGCUUAAACAUUAAUGAUUGUUUUAUUUACAGCUAUAAAAUAAAGCAGUUACGUUUGUGUGUGUAACUGUGGAUCAUGUUACCCCGUUUGGAUUUGCUGGAUUAUUUAUAAUGACCUGUACUAGAGAAGCUAAAGUCAGUUUCUGCAGUGCCGCUGGUUUUUCAAAUGCCACCAUACAUUUGACACUGUCCAUUCAUUGUGCAUUAGUAACCAAUAAAAACCUAUAACUGCU